CCGCAAAGCCUUCGGGAGAGGACCCGCGGAGGAAGCAGAUACUCUGCCGGCGCCUGUGGACGGUGUCGCAGGCGGAGGCCACCAUGAACCGGCUCCACGAUGACUAUGACCCCUACGCAGUUGAAGAGCCUAGUGACGAGGAGCCGGCUUUGAGCAGUUCUGAAGAUGAAGUGGAUGUGCUUUUACAUGGAACUCCUGACCAAAAACGAAAACUCAUCAGAGAAUGUCUUACUGGAGAAAGUGAAUCAUCUAGUGAAGAUGAAUUUGAAAAAGAAAUGGAAGCUGAAUUAAAUUCCACCAUAAAAACAAUGGAGGUCAAAUUAUCCUCCCUGGAAACAGGGUCUUCUUCAGGAAAUGGGAAAGUUGGGACAGCUUCGACAAAGUACUAUGAUGAUAUAUAUUUUGAUUCUGAUUCUGAGGAUGAAGACAAGACAGCACAGGUGAGCAAGAAAAAAAAGAAGAAACGACACCGGAUUCCAACAAAUGAUGAGUUACUAUAUGAUCCUGAAAAAGAUAACAGAGAUCAGGCCUGGGUUGAUGCACGAAGAAGAGGCUACCAUGGUUUUGGAAUACAGAGGCCACGUCAACAACAACAGCCUGUUCCAAAUAGUGAUGCUGUCUUGAAUUGCCCUGCCUGCAUGACCACGCUGUGUCUUGAUUGUCAAAGGCAUGAAUCAUACAAAACUCAGUAUAGAGCAAUGUUUGUGAUGAAUUGUUCUGUCAACAAAGAGGAGGUUCUAAGAUACAAAACCCCAGAGAACAGGAAGAAAAAACGAGGCCAUAAGAAGAUGAGGUCUAAUCAUGAAGAUGCUGCAGAACAGGCAGAGACAGACGUGGAAGAAAUCUAUCACCCAGUUAUGUGCACCGAAUGUUCCACUGAAGUGGCAGUCUAUGACAAGGACGAAGUCUUUCACUUUUUCAAUGUUUUAGCAAGUCAUUCCUAAAUAACUAAGUUGGCAUUUAAUUGUCCAAUACUGUAUAUAAGGCAAAUAUGGACAGUUAUUUUCUUCCUGCCGAUUCAUGUCAUUCUGAGUGGUUAUUUGAGGAAGUUUGGUUUUUUAUUCUUUUUGAAAGAGAAUGGUUACCAACCUUCAUCUCUCCCUCAUCUUAAAAAAAACUUUCCCCAGUUCUGUUGGGACUGAUUAUUCAUUCCCUUUUUGAUGGACUUUGGAAACUUGGGGCUUUUUAUUUAUUAAAGCUCUUUAGAAUUAAAAUGUUCUGGAGUUAUAAG